GGGAAGGUGCCGGCGUCCCCGCAGGCUCUGCACCCUCCGCGCCGCCUCCGCCUCCCGCCUCCCUCCCGCCUCCCGCGCUGGUCCAGAAAGGGCCCCACGGAUGUCCCCGGGACGAGUGGCCCCGGGCCCCCAGGGAACAUGGGCGUGCUCCGGGCCGGACUGUGCCCGGGUCUCACCCAGGACAUGGCCCAGCUUCUGCGGAGCCGCGGGAUCAAGACAGUGGUGGACCUGGUUUCAGCAGACCUGGAGGAAGUAGCCCAGAAAUGUGGCUUGUCUUAUAAGGCCCUGGUUGCCCUGAGGCGGGUGCUGCUGGCUCAGCUCUCAGCUUUCCCCUUCAAUGGCGCUGAUCUCUACGAGGAGCUGAAGACCUCCACUGCCAUCCUGUCCACCGGCAUUGCAAGCCUGGACAAACUGCUGGAUGCUGGUCUCUAUACUGGAGAAGUGACUGAAAUCGUAGGAGGCCCAGGUAGCGGCAAAACCCAGGUAUGUCUUCAUGUGGCUGCAAACGUGGCCCAUGGCCUGCAGCAGAACGUCCUAUACAUCGAUUCCACUGGAGGGCUCACAGCUUCCCGCAUUCUCCAGCUACUUCAGGCCAGAACCCCAGAGGAGGAGGAGCAGGCGGGAGCUCUCCAGAGGAUCCAGGUGGUGCGUGCGUUUGACAUCUUCCAGAUGUUGGAUGUGCUGCAGGACCUGCGAGGCGCUGUGUCCCAGCAGGUGAGCAGUUCUUCAGGGACUCUGAAGGUGGUGGUUGUGGACUCGGUCACUGCGGUGGUCGCCCCACUUCUGGGAGGUCAGCAGAGGGAAGGCUUGGCCUUGAUGAUGCAGCUGGCCCGAGAGCUGAAGACUCUGGCCCGGGACCUCAGCGUGGCACUGUUGGUGACCAAUCACAUGACCCGAGACAGGGACAGCGGGCAGCUCAAACCUGCCCUAGGACGCUCCUGGAGCUUUGUGCCCAGCACCCGGCUUCUCCUGGACACCAGCCAAGGUGCAGGAGCAUCAGGCAGCUGGCGCAUGGCAUGUCUGACCAAAUCUCCCCGUCUGCCAACAGGUUUCCAGGAGAUGGUGGACAUUGGGACCUGGGGGACUCCAGUGCAGAGCCCAACAUUACAGGGAGAUCACAUGUGACUUGCUGUUGAUUGGGACAAACCCUCCCACCAUGGGAAAUGGUGGCUGCAUAGAAGCUCUCAGCCUGGGCAGACAUCUUAGUCCUUAGCUCCUCUCUCUGGAAACACAGUGUUACUGGCUAGAGAGGAUGCUACUGUGGAAGGACCCAGAAAUUCAUGCCGGUACCAGGUUUUCCUCCCUUGUGUCUACCACGUAUGUUUCCAGCAGGCGCCGAGUUCAGUGUCUUGGGCAUCUCUGAAGAGGCAUGCUGGUGCCUGGACAGAUAACCCUGUGCAUCGCCGUACUGCACUCCAUCCUAACACAAUGGCCGAGUCUGAGGCCUCUAGCUUGACUUUGCUUCCCUUCUUCUUCUUUUUGUUUCUUUGCCUCUGUUUUUCCAUCUGUAAGAUGGGGCUCCCUUUCUUUUAACUCUCUCUUUGAGUUACUGGGUGGAAUUAACCUUGUAAGUGCAAAACUCUUCUUUAUCUAGGUCCUGAUAUUAAAAACAUACAGAGGAAAUUCUCUGAGCCCCAGAGCCAUCCAUUUUCCCCCCAGAAGGUGGUUUUUCAGUUUCCCCUAGUGAGGCCCCAAAGAAUGGUUAUUCCUCUUUCCCUCUUGCCCAUUUGGUUUCACAAACCUGCAUGCAUCACCAUGACCAGGUGAGACCGGGAGCUCACUGCAGUCCCAGGAAUAUAAUUUAACAGGAAGGGAAGAUGUGACCUGGUCCCCGUGAAUCCAGCCACUUGUUUAACGUGCGUGGUGCCCUGUGGGGCCCCUCCACAGUGUCGAGUAACCAGAGGUGCUGAACCAUGGCCUUGCCCAUAAACAGACAGAGGAGAAUUUGCACAGCAAGUAGAGCCGGCUGGGAAAAUUGAUGCUGGCAUAAAUAAUACAUGGUAAAUCUAGUCCUUUAUGUAGAAAUUCAUUGCCAGUGGCUCCAACAUGCAAUAUAAUUACCGCUCUCUUCCUGCCAGCUGUACCACAGCCUAGUGCCCUAGUGUAUGAAAUAACCCCCCUGUCUGUUAUGGGCACUGUGGCCAUCCCUCUUCAAGCUAUAACUCUGGCUGGGCGGGGAGGAGGACACCAGGGAAGAGGAAAUAAAAGACAAAGGAGAGAAAUGAUCAGGAUUGUUCACUGACCACAAUUUUUUUUUUUUUUUUGCGGUACGUGGGCCUCUCACUGUUGUGGC